GUAACUCACCCGCUGACGCGCCCCUGAGUCCCGCCUCCUGUACGCCACGCGCACCGUGACUCACUUGCUUACAGUGUGUCGGCUGAUUCAUGAAGACACAGGCUUGCACCCACGUUCAACAUGGAAACAACAUUCACGGGAACAGAAGGUCAGGUCAUCCGAUGCAAAGCAGCUGUUGCCUGGGAAGCUGGCAAGCCUCUGUCUAUUGAAGAUGUGGAGGUGGCCCCACCUAAGGCCCAUGAAGUUCGCAUCAAGGUAGUCGCCACAGGUGUGUGCCACACAGACUGGGAGUACCUGUACGAGAAUAAAAAAGGGAUGAGGUUCCGACCGUUCCCGUUAGUUCUCGGCCACGAGGCAGCCGGGAUCGUGGAGAGCGUUGGACCACAAGUCACCAAAUUUGCAGCGGGUGAUCAAGUCAUUCCUCUUUUUCUGCCACAGUGUCAGGAGUGUGAUCGAUGUCUGAGUCCUAAGACAAACUUGUGCAAGAGGAACUGGGCAAAGACACAGGUGGGUGUGUUGGCCGAUGGGACGAGCAGGAUAUCUUGCAAGAGGCAGCAGAUAUACCAGUUCCUGGGCGUCAGUUCUUUCUCCCAGUACACCGUGGUACCUGAUACCUCACUUGCGAAGAUAAAUUCAAAUGCACCACUGGACAAAGUCUUUCUGCUAGGCUGUGGUGUCAGCACUGGUUACGGUGCUGCCCUUAAAACAGGCAAGGUUGAAAGAGAUUCCGUGUGUGCCGUGUUUGGGCUCGGAGCCGUCGGAUUGGCUGCCGUCAUGGGCUGCAAAGCUGCUGGGGCGAAAACGAUCAUCGGGGUUGACGUCAACCCGAACAAAUUUGAGAAAGCCAUAAUGCUUGGAGCCACAGAAUGUGUCAACCCCAACGAUGACUCCAAGUCCAUCCAGGAGGUUCUGGUGGAGAAGACCAAUGGAGGGGUGGACUACGCCCUGGAGUGUGUUGGAAGUCCAGUUGUCAUGAGUGCUGCCCUUGAGUCUACAACAGAUGCCUGGGGCGUGUGCGUCAUUGCUGGGUGGACAGAGACAGAAUCUAUGAGUGUUGUGGUUGAAAAGCUCCUGAUGGGACGCACCUUGACGGGGACUUAUUUUGGAGGUUGGAAGAGUGUGGAGGGUGUGUUUAAACUGGUGGAAGACUACAUGGAGAAGAAGCUGAAGCUGGAUGAGUUCAUCACCCACGACCUCCCACUGAAUCAAAUCAAUCAGGCCUUUGAAACACUGAAAAGUGGCACAAGCAUCCGUACUUUAAUCAGGCUCUGGGAAAAAGAGGCUCCAGCUGAAGAGGUUACUUCAUAAGACGAUGGAAUGACGAUGGAAUUCAGUGUAAUUGUAAUAAUAAUAUUUUGCAUAUGACUCUGUACUGGCUGUUUACAUUAUAACAUAUCAGAAAAUUUAUACAAAUGCAUAGACAAUCAUGCUAUUUUUCUUAUAAGAAAUAUAUAUAUAUUAUACAAAGUGUUUACAAUGUUUGACUUUGGAGCGAAGUGACCCAGUCCGGCCACUAGAUGGCAGUCCCAUGUCAUCUAAAAGCUUCUGUUCUUGUGAAUACCAUCUAACUUCAUACAGACAUUUUCUAUCUGCAAAUGAGCCUGUAUUUCUAACUCUUCUGAUUUUUCUUUGUUUAUCGCAUAUUUGAUUAAAAGUGAGCAGCACCACACAAUGUUCAGUGGACUUGUGUAAAGUGAUAUAAAAUGUAAUUCAUAGAAGUAUUCAGCAACCUCAAGACAAAUUCUCAUUACAUCUGUCAUACUUGGCUGUUCCAGUGAUUCUGCUCCUGAUAGCAGUGUGAAGUGAUAGUUGGAAUUGAAUACGCUUGUAUAGAAGAUGGGGUAAAAGACACUGGAUCUGUCAUCAGCCGCGGAGAAGUAUCUGCUUCAUGUGGUCAGGCUUACCAAAUUUCGACCUUGGUAAUAUUAUAUAUUGAUUUAAAAGGGAGCUGAGGAGAAGGGCUGAGAUGACAGUUGUGGGCUGUCAGGAGAGAAGACAAAAGGUUGUUUGGGGAAUGCCUCUCAGUGAAGGACUGAAAUAGCUGUCGAAGGAAUUUGUUUUAUUGAAGUUCCUCUCAGAUCAAAUGAAUACCCAUGGUGGUUUCCCCCUGCUUUUCCAUCUUUAUUUAAAAUGGAAAAUAAAGUGGUGCUCUUCCUCUUAUGUUGGUCUCCUCUGCCUGUGUGCUAUCAAUCACAGAUUAUACAGCUCCGACCCCCCCUCUCAAAGUAAAGAAAGCUUUUGAGAAACAGAAAGCAGAAUGAUGAUCAAAAGAAAAGAGGAAGACAAGUUUUGACAGGUGGUUAUGUGACUGGGCACCCUCAUCAGUGAAUGUCGGACAUGCUCACAGAUUUAUAAGGCUUUUUUGGGGACAUAUGUGUCUGAGUGUCUGCCUCAUCUAUGGGAAAACUAUCCAAAGUGACAACCAUAAGUCUCCUACCUUUUUUUUCCCUUUUCCUCUGUGUUUGAACUCUACAACCUCUGGAAUUGUCACAGCAUUGUGCAACUGAUACAGGGAGGACAUGCUAUCUGAAUUACAACCACGGCAUUUUUUGUACGUCUUAACUCUCCGUCUUGUCAUGUUCCACGUACAUCUGUGCAAUGUUUCUACAUAUAUACCGGAUAGAAAACUUUGGGGGAAAAAAGUGUCAUGGUGCUGAAUUGCGAUAGAAACAGCUAACAUUUGCAAAUGAGGAAUUCAUAUUCACAUUUUUAUAUCUAUGUUAGUGUUCUUUACCUCUUGCUGUCAUUACUUUACAACAGCAACUCUGAAACAGCUCUGUCAGACGCGAGUUUCCAUGAAGGUAAUUGACAAACAACAGAAAUGUCAGAUGAGGUAAAUGCCAUCACACAAAUAAAGGCAUGUCUGGAAAAAAUGUCAAAAAGUGCAGCCUUGCCUUUCACAAUAUUUAGAUUGGGAUCAAGAGAUUUCCCCUUAUUUAUUAAGCUUUAUUCCUUUAUGACAGACAGAUGAUGGUACAUUAAAUAUGAUGAGAGCAUAAAAAAAGGUACGAGGGAAACACCCUGUUUUAACAAAGAGUGCUUUAUUGUUAAAAACAACACAAAAUAUAAUGCACCAAUACCUUUUUACACACAAGGUAAUUAGUGUGGCUUUGAUGCAUGUCACAGCAAAACUACAAAUCAUCCUUUUUGCUAUCCCUAGCUUAGUCGUGGUGGUUUUUAUGUCGCCUUAUAUUUGUAUGAUUUCAUAUCACUCAGUACAUAAAGAACAAGUCAGUAUAUGUUCUUGAGUUUUGGAUGAGGUGCUAUGAGGUUGUCUGGUUUGUAUUUAAACUGAAUUGCACUCAUUUUCACAUUCUGGCUGUUUGUCUUCAUCCAAAUGACUGUGAUGUGGUGAGAAUUCAAUGUGAACAUCCAGAAAGACUGAUUUAUUUCCUGGAUUUCUGAUAU